AUAAGUCAAGCCUAAAAAUGGCACUGCUAAGUGACAGUUGUUCAUUGUUGUCUGUUGACAUGAGGCGAAUAGAGAAUUGUAUCCAAGUUGUUUAAUGCAUUGUUGUUUUAUAUAUGAAAGAUCAUUAAUGCAAUGGCAGAUAUAAAUAAUUUAUUCGAUUGCUUUGAGGCAGAAGGAAAUGAGGCUGCUAUACAGCUCCCUAAUAUUAACAGCGCAGACGAGUCGCAACCGAAGGAACAGCUAACGCCAGCUUCUAAUAAACGUCACCACGAGGAGGUCGAAUAUGCGGAUACGACUGUAACAAAAAAACCUAAGGAAAACGACGAAGAGGAGGAUAUAUUAGGAGAUAUAAAUCUAGAUCUCCUACACUCCCGUAUUGUAAUUCACACAUUAGAAGCACACGAGGGGUGCACGCACGAGGUUGCGAUACCUCCCAAACAUGACUAUGCUCCUCUUGCUCCUCUCACAUCUGAGCCAGCUAAACAGUACAGUUUCAUAUUAGAUCCAUUUCAGAAAGAAGCCAUAUUAUGUAUAGACAACUUGCAAUCAGUCUUGGUGUCUGCUCAUACUUCAGCGGGAAAAACUGUUGUAGCAGAAUAUGCAAUAGCACUCUCACUGAAGAACAAACAAAGAGUUAUAUACACAACACCUAUAAAAGCCUUGUCAAAUCAAAAAUACAGAGAGUUCUCUGAGGAAUUUCAUGAUGUUGGUCUUAUCACUGGAGAUGUAACCAUAAAUCCUUCAGCGUCAUGUCUUAUCAUGACCACAGAGAUUUUACGAAACAUGUUGUACAGAGGUUCAGAAGUUAUGCGAGAAGUGGGGUGGGUGGUAUUUGACGAAAUUCACUACAUGAGGGACAAAGAGAGAGGCGUCGUUUGGGAAGAAACAUUAAUUCUCCUACCAGACAAUGUCCACUAUGUGUUCUUGUCAGCUACAAUACCGAAUGCGCGUCAAUUUGCUGAGUGGGUGUGUCGCCUGCACGCACAGCCAUGUCACGUUGUGUACACAGAGUACAGACCUACUCCAUUACAGCACUAUAUAUUCCCGGCUGGAGGAGAUGGCAUACAUUUAGUUGUUGAUGAGCAGGGUACAUUCAAAGAAGACAACUUUAACACAGCAAUGGCGGUGUUAAGUAAUGCUGGAGACGCGGCUAAAGGCGACCAGCGUGGUCGUCGCGGUGGCCCGCGCGAUAAGAACCAGACUAACAUAUUCAACAUAGUCAAAAUGAUCAUGGAGAGGAAUUUCGCGCCCGUCAUAAUAUUCAGUUUCAGCAAAAAGGACUGCGAGUUGUACGCAAUGCAAAUGGCGAAGCUUGACUUUAAUACAAUUGAGGAGAAGAAAUUGGUAGAUGAAGUGUUUAAUAACGCAAUGGAUGUUCUCUCUGAGGAGGACCGCAAGCUUCCUCAAGUAGAGAAUGUGGUACCACUGCUGCGCCGCGGUAUCGGCAUACAUCAUGGCGGACUGCUGCCCAUAUUGAAGGAAACUAUUGAAAUAUUGUUCGGCUUGGGACUUAUCAAGGCCCUAUUCGCGACGGAGACAUUCGCUAUGGGUUUGAACAUGCCGGCCCGUACUGUAGUGUUCACAAGUUGUCAGAAGUUUGAUGGAAAAGAAUUUAGAUUUAUAUCAUCAGGGGAGUACAUCCAGAUGUCAGGUAGAGCCGGGCGGCGUGGUCUCGAUGACAAGGGCAUCGUGAUACUGAUGAUAGACGAGAAGGUCACGCCCACCGUGGUCAAGGGCAUGGUGCAGGGCAAAGCAGACCCUAUCAACUCCGCCUUUCAUCUAACUUAUAACAUGGUACUGAAUUUGUUACGAGUUGAAGAGAUUAAUCCAGAAUACAUGUUGGAGAGGAGUUUCUUCCAGUUCCAGAAUCAGGCUGCGAUUCCAGAUCUCAUUGACAAGUUAAAAGCAAAACAGAAGGAAUACGACGCACUGACUGUGGAGCAUGAGGACUCGAUAGCCACAUACUGCAGCAUCCGAUCGCAGCUGGACCUGCUCGGCAAUCAGUUCAGGUCGUUCAUCACCAAGCCGGAAUAUUUGAAACCUUUCCUCCAACCUGGACGACUUGUUAAGGUGAAAACAGAGAAAUACGAAUACGACUGGGGUAUAAUAGUGAACUUCAGACAGAAAACCAAAGCGGGCAAAGGUAAAAAGGAGGAGAACCCGUUGACUUCUGACCCGGUGAUUGUGGUAGACAUUCUGUUGCACGUCAAGAAAGCCACGGACAAAGACACUGAGGUCAAUGUGCCGUGUCCGCCUGGCGAGGCGGGCGACGUGGAAGUAGUGCCAGUGAUUCACACGCUCAUCUAUCAAAUAAGUUCUCUACGCGUGUACUAUCCUAAGGACUUGCGGCCCUCGGACAGUCGCAAGUCGGUACUGAAGACCAUUGGCGAAGUGAAGAAACGAUUCCCCGACGGACCACCGCAGUUGAACCCGAUAAAAGAUAUGAAAAUCGGCGACCCAGUGUUCAAAGAAUGUGUUGAUAGAAUACAGAUAUUGGAGGAGAGAUUAUACGCACAUCCGUUACACAAAAGACAAAAACCGAAGCGCACUCACAGCCGCUACGAGAGGAAACAAGAGCUCCACAAGGAUCUCGUCAAUGCCACAGCUGAACUGAAGAAGGCAAAGAGCGUGCUGCAGAUGGACGAGUUGAAGAAGAGGAAACGAGUGUUGCGUCGGCUCGGAUACUGCACCGCCAGUGAUGUUAUCGAGAUUAAGGGACGGAUAGCCUGCGAGUUAAGCAGCGCCGACGAGCUGCUGCUGACGGAGCUGAUCUUCAACGGCGUGUUCAAGUCGCUGAGCUCGGAGCAGAGCGCGGCGCUGGUGAGCUGCUUCGUGUGCGACGAGAACUCCACGCAGGCGAGCGCCUCAGGCGACGAGCUGCGCGGCGUGCUGCGCCAGCUGCAGGAAUACGCUCGUCGAAUAGCCAAAGUUUCUAUUGACGCGAAAAUGGAUCUAGACGAGGACGAGUACGUGAACAAGUUCAAGUGCACGCUGAUGGACGUGGUGCUGGCGUGGGCCAAGGGCGCGUCCUUCCUGCAGAUCUGCAAGAUGACCGAUGUGUUUGAAGGCUCAAUAAUCAGAUGCAUGCGACGACUUGAGGAGGUUCUACGACAACUUUGCCAAGCGGCGAAGAAUAUUGGAAACACGGACUUGGAGAACAAAUUCAGUGACGCCAUCAAACUGUUGAAGAGAGACAUCGUGUUCGCCGCCAGUCUUUACAUGUGAAAGACUUGCUAUAAUAUAAUUACGUCAAUGCUGUAUGUUAAUAAAGUUAUAAUUUUAUACAAAA